AUGUCGCGAUCAGCUGGAAAAGUCGGAAACCUGAGGGAUAAGUUGGAUGGAAAUGAAUUAGACCUGAGUCUGAGUGACCUGAGUGAAGUCCCUGUGCGGGAACUGGCUGCCCUCCCCAAGGCCACGGUGUUGGACCUUUCUUGUAACAAGCUUACAACAUUACCGGGUGACUUUUGCUCUCUCACUCAUAUUGUAAGACUGGAUCUCAGCAAAAAUCAGCUUGUGCAACUCCCAUCUGAAUUUGGCAGGUUGAUAAACCUGCAGCACCUCGAUCUACUGCAGAACCGUUUGACUAUACUGCCAGCGACCUUUGCUCAACUCAGGAGCCUGAAAUGGUUGGACCUGAAAGACAACCCUCUGAACCCUGCCCUGGCCAAGGUGGCCGGAGACUGCCUGGAUGAGAAGCAGUGUAAGGACUGUGCCCAGAAAGUUCUACAACAUAUGAAAGUUAUCCAGGAAGAACAAGAGCGAGAAUUGCAACGCAAGCUUCUCGAAGAGCAAGCUUUAAAGCAGAAACGUGAGGCUGAGCAGAGACAGAAAGAGGAGAGGGAGAGAGAACAGAAGCGCAAGCAGAAAGCAAAGCAGAAAGCGCGCAAAAGGAGGGACUACAACGCUCUUCAAGCAGCUCAGCAGGAGGUGAAAAAGGCAACAGAGAGAGAGCACACGGAGAACCACAAAACCGUAGCAGGUCCCUCUCAGAAGAAGCAGCCCCGGAAGCGAUCAUGGAGAAGGCUGAUCUUGCAGAUGGUCCUGUUCUUGCUUCUGGUGACUGCGGCCAGUGUUGCGGUAUGUCGGUACACUGAUCUGCGGACUCAGAGUGUGUGCUCCAAUGUGAAUACAGUGUACGAGGACACUGUGAGAACUCUGCAGAGCUGCCACUUGGUGGAAAGCGUCCUCAAGUUCCGCUCACAGCAGUGA